CCAUGAAGUGACAAAUCGUAGUAUUCUGGAUAUUUUAUUGCUCGUAGCACUGGACAGUGCUAUGCUCGUAUAAAUUAACACUUUCUUAGUGAACUUUGGACGAGCUUAUUGUCUACCAUAUUAAGAUUUUGUGGUUAACAUGGCUGAACCGAAGGAAAAUCGAGAUGUUAAGCAUAAUGCUUCAGUUGACAAAGGAAAUGAGGAGGAAGAUACAAGACCAUCAUUGAUCAUGUUGCUCAAUGACUUUUGCUGUUUGAAGAUUUUCGAGUUAUUGCCGCUCGCUGAGCUGUAUGCGGUGUGCCGAACAUGUACCCGAUUCGAAGUUUUGUGCGCAGAUGUGUUUUGUCGUCGUUAUCCGAACAAAGCGAUUGUAAUCGACAAUAUUUCGGACAAAGGCAAAGUGCAUCAGGGACUACAAGACAAAUAUGCGAAGUACUUCACCAAAUACAUACCGAACGUAACACUUGCAUUCGGUGAAGACCCAACGCAAGACUUGAUCAGGUUGUGCAAAUUUUAUGACGGCAGUAGCCCAAUCAAAUCAGUUCAAUUGAAAAAAUGGCGAGCCAAAUUGGAAGCAUCUCAUGGUGCUGCAAUGUGUGGCAUUGUCGAAACAAUCGAAUCGGUCACGUUUACAGGAAUGGAAAUAGACGGUGAUGUGUAUGCAAAUAUGCUGCAGUUCAUGCCGAACAUGAAGAGCCUAACUUUUCGCCAAACGUUUGAGAAGUCCGGUAGCGUUGAUCUCGGUUGGACGGAGAAAGCGUAUCCGAAGCUGGAAUAUUUCGCAUGGUACGAGACAUUGUUUCCAGCUGCCGAAUUGAUGACAUUGUUCGAUAGAAACUGUACCAUUCGCCAUUUUUCGUUAUUGGCAACAUUGCAUGAGACAAUCGAGCAGCUAAUGGAUUCAUCAAUUCGCGUCGACGAAUUGUUCAUCGAUUUCGACCGUUUUAAUCAUGUGAAACGCGAGUGUUCAGACACGUUGAAAUGUUUGCUUGCUCUAUGCAAACGGCAGCCUGAUAUUAGGUUGCAUAUGAAAUGUGAUGAAGGAUCUCGAUAUUAUUUGUGUCAGCAUUUCGUUGAUUGGAAACCACUUGCGCCAUACAUCGAAGGACUGUAUUUUCUGUCGGUUGAAGAGAUUGAUGGUAUCCAAUUUACCGGACCCCGUCUGCACGCAUUUAUAUUCGAUUGCAAGAAUUUGAAAGUGCUGCAGUUGAAUCACGACUGUAGCAUCAAUUGGACGAUGCUAACACCAAAAUUGGAAAGGGUUUUCUUCUACUACAAUUCAUCCUAUAAUGAUGCCAUUCGUAAUGUCGCUUACCGUGCACAUCGUUUAAAGACGAUUCACUCCGACACCACGCGUAAAUUGAAAAUCUACAUCAGCAGCAUAGGAUCAAACCCGAUAAUUGAGAACUUAAAUGACGAUGGUGCUUCGAUUGAAGUUGCACGAAGUGAAACAGAAAUUGUCAACAACCCUCUGGUUUCUUUGAAAGAGCGGCGCAUUAAACACAAAGGUCCUCGUGCUGAAUUCACUGAGCUGGACAGAGCGAUGUUAAGAUUUAUUUACAGUUAAGUUGUUUCCAACCAUUUCUUGAUUUUAUCUUUGCUUGCUUACUAAGCAAUGCUUAGUAGUAAUUGCCUUUAAGUUUCUUGGUAUUUUGAAGAAUUGAAAUCAUUGAAGAUUCAUUGAAUGACAAGAUAUAGUAAUGUAUUCAAGAAUGCAGUUAAAAUAAAGCCGAAACAAUUUUUAAC